AUGUUGACAGAUAUUUGCUUCAAAUUUGCCCUUGAAAGUCUGAAGAAGUCUAACGGAGAUAUUGAAAAUUCUCUUAGACAGAUUCUUUAUAUUCCCGAUAACAUCUCUAAAAAUGAUUUUGAACUACGAUAUAAGUCUGAGUGCGAUCAAUUAUGUUAUAGAAUUAAUGGACCUUCCUAUAUAUGUAAAACCUACAGCUUAUUUUACAUUAAUGAUAUUCAUAUACUAAGGCAGAAGGCAUUUGAGUUAUUUAUGUCUGGUCAUCAGAUAAUAAAAAACACCAAAUUCGAUCAUGAUACUGGGAAUACAAUAAAUUUUAUCAAUGCCGUUGUUAAAUCCGUAACGCAAGGCUGCAUACGAAAUCUGCUACCACCGAAAAGUAUCGAUAGCAACACUGAUGUACUUCUGAUAAAAUCGAUUUACUUAGAAGGCCAAUUAAAUUUCGAUUCUGAUAUCGAAUCCGACAACAGUAAUUGCAAGAACACUAACAACGACAGAAAUUUUAAGAACAUUUUCGGCAAGUCUGAACAGCUAAACGCAUAUAUCACUGAAUUACCUCUUGAUCAAAAUAACAUAUCAGUAUUCUUUCUCAAUCCAUUACAUUAUUUAGAAUGUGACGAAAAUUGUUCCGUAAAAAAUGAUACAGUUAUCCAAUUAAUAGAACGGCUGCUAACCGAGGAAGGAUGUCAGAUUCUUCGGAAACUGUUGGACGAUGGGGUACAGAAACAAUCUUACAUAUUUCCGACAUUCGAGUUCGAACAAGACAUGCGAAUUUGCGAACUAUUAGAGAUGCUAGGCGUUCGAGACCUUACGCCAUUCGGUAGCGAAGAGGUAGAUCUAUCCGGUGUCGGUAGCCAAUGUUGGACCAGUACAGAUUUAACACAAGAGUGUAACGCUACGCCAGUAUCAGCAGAUAAUCUUGUCCCAGUACUGAAUGACAAACGGGCCGCAUGCGGACCAAUACUGGUUGGAAAACAGGCCAAGCUCUGGCUGCUAGACCGAGUUCUGGCUAACAGCCGGGCCAUACGUGGGCCAAUAUUGGCUGCGAAACAGGCCAAGCUAUGGCAAUGA